AUGGCGUUUUUUCUGGGAGUGUUGGUGACUGUUAAAAACGAAAAUGUAGUGAUAACUUAUGAUAAAUACAUCAAUGAUGACAAUAAAAAGCUUAAAAGUGUUCUCAAACUUGUAGAUAGUAAAAUUGGCUCCGGGCGUGAUGGGCUUGCGGUGUCUGUCGCCGUGGUGAAGGGGUGGUUGGAGGGGUAUGAGAGGGAGGUGGAAAAUAAAAUUAGAGACGUUAAUGAUAAUAUUACUCAGAUUAAUAUUGCAUUUGAAUCGUAUAAAAACUUAAUAAAGCAUAGAGGUUCCGAAUCUUUAAAAAUUGUCGACGAUGCAUUAACGAACUUCAUCACUGAUGCUACAAAUGCCAUGUGCAAACUAACAGUAAGUGAAGCAGUUAUUAGUGAACUAGACACGAAUCUAAAAAUGAAAUUAUCGCAUUCCAUUGAUACGAUUGGACAAGCCAUUGACAGCUUUAAGAAAUCAGCUGAAAAUAGAGACUUGGAAUGUUUAACUGCGACAGCGCAGGAGGAAAUAGAUAAGGUGAGUAGAGAAUUAAAUGAUUUUGUGAAGUUCCGUGUAAGUAAGAUGUGGAGUGAAAUCUAUAACAUCUUUAAUAAGCAGAUUCGGGAACCUAUCAUUGGUGUUAAAGGUAACUUGAUGGAAGUUGAUACCGAUUUGUCUGCAUGGAUAGCGGCCGCUGCUAAGGUUGUCGACACGCUUAAGAGGAAAGCAGAAGAAGUUCAUAGAAGGCUAGAGGCGCAUGUCAAAAAAAUCACCGAGUAUGCUAAGGAAAUGGAGAACGGUGCAACGAAGGAAGUUGGAGACAUUCUUGCUAGUGCUGCCACGUUGUUGAACGAAACCAGGAAACAGAGUAUUGAGCUCGAUAAAAGGCGUGAAGAAGCGGAACGUCACCUGAAAGCUUUACAGGCGUCGUCGGAGACAGCCUUGCAUAAGGCCGAAGCAAAUGUUGGCAAUGUGAAGCAUCUGCAAUCGUGUAAAACGAUUCUAGAACAGAACGUUCGCAGUUUAAGAAGAGCGUGCGAUGAUAUGAACGAAUAUUAUCUUAAUGGUGUACGACAAGGUUUCGAGCCAACGGUCGCUAGUAUGGACCAUCAUCUCACACAGCUUCUAGAAGCACUUGGAGUGGACACCAAACAGGGUUUUGAAGGUUUGAUGGUGAAAUUGCAUAACGAUGUUAAGGGCCUGAUGAACUUACUCGAUAUUGCCAGAUCAGAGGCCGAAGAGGCUCUGCAGAAAAUCUCGCCCAAACCAAAAGCACCAAAACCGUUAAAGUCACCUGCAGAAUUCCUUCAAGAAAAUCUAGAAAAAUUACUAGGUAUAAAGCCAAAGGGCGAAAGCAUAGCCAAAGCCAUCAACGAUGAAUUAGUCACGAUUAAAAGAAGAGUUGCAGCAAUGGUAGACGACUUUACAGGGAUGUUUAGACCACUUGAUGAGGCGGCGAAUUCGGUCGAAGCCUCCUUUGCGGGAGUUAAGCGUCUCUCUGAAGAUCUUGCUAACGAUCACACCGGCAUUGCGCAAGAUGUACCAAAUUUGCGUCACCAAAUCACAGCACAACAGCUCAGAUUCAAACAUGUGGUUAACGCAAUUCAAAUUGCCGGGUUAACAGUUAAACUUGAUGGAUUAGGCAACGCUCUGGGCAAUGCCAAACAAAGUACUAUCCAAUACAUCCAAGACACGUCGCGCAGAUUUGGUGCAUUGACGGGCGAGCUCAACAGUCUCAGAAGAAAAUUGCAAGAAUCGAAAGGUAAUGAUAUAAUUUUUACGUUAUCGGAUCUUCUAAACUCCGGUAUAAAUGGGGCUGAAAAUACUUGGCCGGAUCAAACUGCGAAGGGAUUAAAAUAUAUUCAAAAGCGACUUAACGAAAUCAUAGGGACGGACAACGAGCUUAGCAACGACAACCCACCUACCACCGUGUUUGGCAUUAUUGCAGCAGCAAAUAAUUUCUACGCCCUGAUCGGCAAAGAGGUACAGAACACCAUAAGUGAGAUAUAUCACAAUGUGCAACAAAAAGUAGCGUCAGCUGCGACCAACAUUCACAAGAAGGCCACAUCUCUAUACGCCAAACGAAAGAACAUAGAACUUGAUGAUUUGAAAACAAUCGUUGACACGCAAAAACGUGCACUCGAUACGUUAAUUCGACAUGACAGAAACAAUGGCUUGAAAGGAUUAUUGACGAAACUGAACUCCGACGUGGAGAAUCUCGAGUCGGUGAAAAUAUCUGAGAUUUCGGAAACUUCGUCGCCGGAGACUUGUCUUUUAAAUUUUCAAACAUUAGUACAGAAAUUUAAAAAAUUUGUUAGUAUCAUCUUAUUCUAUAUUGGCGAUCAAGUGAGCACUCCCUCAUACUGCGGGCACGCAACUAAUGUCGAUGGUAUUAGAAAAAAAUUUGACAAUUUACUUACCCAUCUCCAUACUCAUAAUUCCACUCGUAAAUACAUUUUUGAUAAUUCUUUCACCAAAAAGCAUGAAUCCCUCUCCUCCUCCCUCACCUCUUUAUCCCCCUCCGCCUUCGCCAACCCCCGGCACCCGGAGCUGCUCGAUGCGGUUAGACAGGGGCUGCAGGGGUUUGUGCAGGAGAUGGGGAGGGUGUAUGUGAACAAAUACGAGGGGGGUGAUACAAUUAAAAGAUGGACACAUAGGGAAACUGGAGAUGUGGAAUUAACGGUUGAUGGCCGAAAUGGCGCAAAAAUAUUUUUGAGCAUACUCGAGAUACUUUUCCAUGAUUUGUCAAAACUGUUACAAGGAUGUGUUCCUCGUGGUGAUUCUCAUGGUAGAAAUAUACGCCUGAAUGACAUAAGUAACGACGGUAAUCAAACCAAAAACCCCCUUGGUAAAUGGCUGCACGAACGUGGAUACACGGUGUCAGACGAUGAGCAUACUCAGAACGGGGAGUUGGACAGGAGAAAGAAUGUCACCUUGGCGCGUACUACAGCGUCUGUCACUAUCGGAUUCAUUUGA